CUUUGAGUAUCCUUAACUUAUUCACAACCUUCUCAUCCUCUACCUUUCCGGUGACUCUCAUCUCAGCCUCUCUCGACAAGUUUCGGUUCAUUGGUUCAACGUUCGUCAGAUUCAUAUUUGUAUCAUCAAAGCUUAAAGCUCAAUCUUCGAGAGAAUCUUCGAAACAAAGCGUUUGAAAAAUUUGCGAGUAAAAAGGCUAAUAUAAUGUUUUACAUAUUCUUGUUCCAAAGUUUAUCCUUAUCGAUCGAUCACACAGUUUAGGCAACAUAGUUAUACAAUCUUGUCUACCCCACCCUUAAAAAAUCCAAUCUGAUCUCUUCAUCCGGAGCACAGACCAAGACGUUCAAGGAAGAAUCAAGAAGAGGGAGAAAAAAAAUCAAGCAAGACAAGAAGAUCUCGAAAAGAUAAAGUAAAACCAUGAAUCCAAAUCAUAAUAAUAAUCACACCGCAAUUCACCAUCAUCACCAACAGCCAGUAGGACAAACUCAUCACCAUCACCAUCCUCCUGCCCAUCCUUCUCAUCCAUCAUCUCAACUCAUUCCUCACCCAGCUCUUUCACAUCCUCACCAUCGAACUGCACUUGAGAGUGUUCAGCAACAGCAGAGUGCUAAUUUACAAUCAUAUAAGAACUCGGCUAAAUCUGCUUUUCAUGGUUACAUCCAGAGCACUCAUGACGCGCUCAUUGUCUUUCAAUGUUGCCGCAAUGGCACAUACUCUAAAGUUACCCGUCGAUUACAUGAGCGUGAAAGACGUCAAAUCAGUUCAGGUUCGAUUUUCGUGUUUGAUGAACAAGAAGCUGGAAUUAAACGUUGGACGGAUGGUCGGGUUUGGAGCCCAUCUCGGAUUCUCAAUAACUUUUUGAUUUAUCGAGAGAUCGACCAAAAACGUCCUACGCCUUCAUCUUCUUCUACUUCAUCUACUCCGAAUCAGCAUGCCAACAAUAACAACACGAAUACCUCUGGUGGUGUUAACAACACGAACACCUCUAGUAGUGUAGUAGCACCACGUCCUCCAUCUCCCUCUUCUGUUUCGAAUGCAAGCGGGUCGCCACCACAUGGUGCCCAUCUUCAGAGCACUAAUAACGCGUCUAAACAACUUCAACCCCCACCUCACUCUCAUCAAACAAAACCUACUGAGUCUGAACCCCCGAUUGCUAGUCGACCCGAAUUCGCCGCUACUUCAGGUUCUACUCAACCUGAUGCUAACAACUCAGCAUCCCAGCAAGCCAACAACCCCUCAUCUCCGAUCAAUCGAGAUCUAGAGCGUUCAUUAGUCGGAUCCCUAACGACCACCUAUAAAUUCAAACCGGAUGGUCUGGUGAAGAAGACUAUUAGUCUUGAUGGCAUGCAUAUGAUCAGUUACUACAAGGUAGAUGACGUACUUGCUGGAAGGCUGCGUACUCCCUCCUCACAACUUGAAAAUAAAACCCUACAUAUUUCAGAGAAUUUACUCAAGGCCCAAAAUUUUAGAGUAGCACCUGUCUUGACCUAUGGACCAGGUGGUCAUAAGAUCUUCCAAGACGAAGGUGAAGAUGCUGCGUCUCAAGCUGCUAUUUUUUUUCGCCAUCAGGAUCAUCCUUUGUCUCUACCUAACCUAUCGCCUCAUCAACAACACCAACAACAGGAGCAACAUCAACAUCAUGGUCCCUCCAGUAGAACAACCAGUAAUGGCCCCUUACCAUUACACAUUAACCUGCCUAGAUCGUCACUUGGAAUUGGUAGUCAUAGUGGUGAAGGUAAUAACGAUGGUAAUAGCCACCACAACAAUCUUAGCUUGAAUCGGAUCUCGCGACCGAACUCUCCAGCAAGCUCAGUGGCACCUUACUCACCUCUCUCACCAAUCCUGCCUAAUAAUUUCGGCCCAGUUCGUCCAACACAUGAUCGAUUGCAUCUCAAUAGCAAUCUCACUAGCCCUUCCACGGUCGUUAGGCAUAGAUUCGAACCGUAUAAUCGACCCACAAGGUCACCCGAUCAUCAGUUUCAUCCUCAUCCUACGACUAAUUCUUCUUCUACUAUCAACACUGCUAUCAACCCCACCACUACUACUUCAACGACUACACUGACUAGCCAUCAUUACAAUCCACAUGCUUCCUAUAUCAGCAGCUCUGGUAGUGGUGGGAAUAAUCAUAUGGGUGCCUCCGAUCGAUCAACGACUCAUUCAAAUACCCCUCAAACGCAUCAUUCACAGGCACAACACUCACCACUCAAUAGCGGUCAUAAUUAUGAGUCAAUGGGAUAUAGGUUGAAUGGCGGAUUAAGUUUGAGAGGCGGGACAUGUGACAGUCAUUCUAACCCAUACCGUACUCCUACCACAGCCGUGGAGCCUACGAUUUACCAACCUACAGCAGAUUACUCUAAUAGUGAUCACGGUAGCGGCUCUCAUCCACGAUCAUCAUCAGUCCCGCCAAGUUCCUUACCAUCGAUUAAACCAACUUCGACAAAUUCUUAUCUACAGACCAGUCCUACAACCAAUACGCAAGAACAAAGAUUUUAUGAUCAAUUCAGGACACCAUUCACAUCAAACCCAAUUUACAAUUCAUCUUAUCAUUCCGGUUACGGGAAUUUCAAUUCAUCAUCUAGUGGACUAAGUGGUCAGAGAAGUCCAAUAGUUGCGAAAAACGAAAUACUGAAUACCAAAUCGUCUGAAAUCCUUGGUGGACAUCAUCUUACUCUUGGCGAUUCUUCUAAUAACAACAAUACUAAUAGUAACAACGGUACUGGAUUGAAUUGGGGACAAAAAACAGAAGAUUAAAAAACGCAAUCAACUAUAUACCAACUUGGUUUGAUUUUCAAUGUCUGAAGAACUCUUGAUCUUACAAGAAACUAAACUCGUAUCAUUAUUAUCUUUUUCUCUUUUUAUGCGACUUUUGUUUCUCCUUUUUUGAUUUGUUUUCUCGUUUUUGAAUUGUGUGUGAUCUCUUGUGAUUUUCUCUUACUUUGUUGUGUGAUCCACCAAUCUCUUCUUACCUUACUUCUUCCUGUCUUGUUGAGUCAAACGGACUGGGUAGGAGCUGAUUUUUAUUUAUCGUAGUUACUAGUAGUUGUAAAUCAUAGGAUGAAAGCAGGAUAGGGACGAAUUUUGAUUAUAGAAUGUGGGAUACUCUCCUCAACAUCCGCCCACCCAUUUAUAUACAUAUCCAAAUAAAAGCAGUUUUUUUUUGUUUUGUUAUUGUUUUUUUUCUGUCUUUUUUUUGGAUACGGGAUACGUUGUUGUUUUUUCGUUGAAGAGGAGGAAGUUGAAACUUUAAGAAGGAAACAAAAAGAAAUGAAUCAAAACAACCAGUUGAAAGCAAUUUCAUCAUGAUUUGUUUU